ACCAAUCACACACGGGACCAGCCUCUCGCCCCGCCCCUGAACCCACGCCAGGUCUGUCCCCAUCCUCCCCUGCGGCGGAAGGCACGGAAGCUGAGCGAGGAUGGACUGUGCAGCCGCCAGCUUCUCGGAGGAGUCGUUCCAGGCGGCCGGCGCCGAGCUGCAGCAGGCUUCGCUGAAUGGGACCGACUGGACGCUGAUGGUGAAGUCCCAGGACAUUUGCAUCUUCCGACGGACGGAGAAGUCAUCCGCACUUUAUGAGUACAAAGUCUUAGGUACUCUGGAGGACUGUCCACCAUCUCUGCUGGCCGAAGUCUAUAUGGACUUAGAGUACCGAAAACAGUGGGACCUGUAUGUUAAAGAACUCUAUGAAAAAGAAGUCGACGGAAAGACCGUGAUCUACUGGGAAGUGAAGUACCCCUUUCCCCUGUCCAACAGAGAUUAUGUCUACAUCCGGCAGCGGCGAGACCUGGAUAUAGAUGGGAACAAGAUCUAUGUGAUCCUGUCGCAGAGCGUCUCUGUACCACAGAUUGCUGAGAGAUCGGGUGUGAUCCGGGUGAAGAAAUUCAAGCAGAGCCUGGCGAUUAUGAGUGAUGGCAAGAAGGGGAGUAAAGUUUCCAUGUAUUACUUCGAUAACCCGGGUGGCCAAAUUCCGUCCUGGCUCAUUAACUGGGCAGCCAAGAAUGGAGUUCCUAACUUCUUGAAAGACAUUGAAAAAGCCUGCCAGACCUUCCCCCAAAGAAGAGCACCUCAGUAAAGGAAUUCAGAACCAUACACUCAUGGGACAAUGGGCUGCCCCUUCUCCCACACAGGCUCAGAUGCCUGUAUCCACCUCAGCACGUCAACGCGUGUUUGUGGCUUAGUCCAGCUCACCCGCCUGCUUCCUGUCCCUCUCUCCCCAUGCCAGGACGGGCUGCCUUCAUCCACUAUUGAAUAUGGGUCAGAUCAGGGAAACCUUUGCUUGUUUAUGUUUUAGAAGGGAAGUCCUCAACAGGGAACACAAUCAUUCCAUUGUGCCAUUCCAGGGGGAUGGGUGGGUGGAGGGACAAUAAGAUAGCCCACCCCAGCCAGCCGGCUCCUUCCCAGAAUGGGAUUUCUUGCAGUGUGGGAGAGGCCUCUGGAAGUGGUGUGGCAUUCUGGGCGGACAUUGAUUGUGCACUAAGACUGGAAGACUAGGGGUCCCCUUGCUUGUGCUUUUGGUGACUUGCAUUGAGUGAAGUGACCAUCAGUGAAGUCCCCCCCCCAACUCCUAUUUGUGAAGGAUCACUAGCAGUUUUGAUAUCCAACCGCUUCCAAACAAGUGGUAGGCCUGACUGAGCACAAAAUGUGGUAACUGGUUCUCCUCAUGCAUGUCUAGGUUUUUGCCUUUUCCAUAUGGCACUGACGGGAAGCCAUCCAUGUCUCACUAGCCAGGCAUUUUACUGGAAGCGGGGGUGCCAUUUAGAUGUCUCUGGCAGCCAGCAGCAGCAAAGAUGCUUCAUAUGGGGUUUGGUGUAUAUGCAGUUAGAUGCAUUUCCCUUCGGACUGUUCAGAGAUAUUCAAGAUAGACCAGCUCAUGGCCAGGGAAGUAGUUAAUUUUUAAUUUGGUGCUCUGUCCCUUUUGCUAAGGAGUUCUACCUAAGUUUUCUGCCUCUUCUACAACAGAAGGGC